AUGCCACUUCCCACACGCCGAAGCGAAGACCUCCCACGGCCCACGAGCACAAUACAGGCUACGAGUCCGAUUCUCAGAAAAGCCAUUGUUGCCCAGCCGACUCCUCCCCUUCCCCCUCCCACUCCCACGUCGAAUGCGACGGAGCCGACGCCGAACAAUGCUCCCCGGGACGAACAGCAGAGGCUCCCCUCUGCCUUGAGGGCUCCCGUCAAGAUCCCCCAGCCCCUCAUCACCGACGCCUCUCUGUAUACAAACUCGUACUUGGCGCCCGUUGACGCGGCAGAAAGCACCUCAUUAGACGAGCUCGCCCAUUUGGUCCGCUUAUCCAAGUACCAGGAGCGCAAGCGCGCCAACACGAGAAUUCGCCUGCAACGCACCCUGGUUUCCACUGCCCUGUCUGCCCGGCUCACUCGCUGCGGCGAGAUCGCCCAGAGGAACCUGGCCGAGUGCUUCCGCACCGAGGACAAGAAGACUUUUGCAGCUCUCUACGGCGCAGUACACGAUGUUCGCAAGAGCUGCGACGAAGUCAGGAGGUAUGCUCUUCUCGAGCCCGAGGUUGAGCUCUUGCAGUCUCCCGGCAUGGUGUCAUCCGAAAGUUUGGAGACACCCACUGGCUCCGUUGUCGCCGCCGGCCCCAUGGCUGGCUCGACGGUCCCCUUCCUCCACGACAUCUCGGCCGAUGCCAGGGAGACCUUUCUCAGCUUCUUGUCCAAGAUUAGGAACGAUCCGGACUACCUGGCCACCCGGAUAUGCUCCCUCUCCAAUUCGGAACGUGCCGCCAUCACCAACUUCCACUCCGGCUUGGACCCGGUCGAGUCCGUCCUGCCACUUUACAAUAAACCCCACGUGCGCGGCCCUGGCCACUCCUCCAACAGGCAUCUGUCUAACAAUCCCAGUCCAGUCGAGCGCUUGCUAUCCUUCCAAAGACACGAUGCCUUGUCUGCGCUCAUCCAUACGUGCUUUGCUAAUUCAGCAGGUCCCGACAGCGCUGAGGACAAGCGUCGGACCGAUGUGUGGGCCAACGCGUGCGCACGUCUCAUUUCCAAGUCUGCCUCGGAGUCCAAGUCUGGGAAUGAGAACGUUCCAAUCGAGCCCCUCCUCAUCCACGUCCUGAAUGUUUGGUCGAGCAUGCGCGACUGGGCAGGCCGCUCAAACAUGGAAUGGUACCUGAUGAAAAUACUCGAGGAUGGGGCCUUUCUUUUGGACCGCGCCGAGGACCAGCAUGGCACCCGGUUCAACAUAUCGGAUUGGACGUCCAAGGACCAAAUUGCUGCCGAUGAGUUCUAUGAUCGCGCUACUGACGAGCUUUUUGACAUCCUGGAUGACGAAGACGCUACCGGCCUGCCAGAGGGCCUUCUCGAGAUAGGAAACCAGAUCCUCAGGCGCUUGGACCACAAAUAUGUUGACAGCACCCGGAAAUGGUUUGUCUACAAGUGGCUCUUCUCGGUCUGGCUGCUCGGGGUCGUUGUUCACCCGGAGAGCCAUGGCAUGAUGACGGAUUACCAUAUCACCGAAUAUGGCCGGCAGAAGAUCCUCAAACAAGUCGCCAUGAGGGCCUCCAGCGUCGUCGUGGACAUGCUUUGGAAGACUGGACCCGUCUCGACGCCCCCCAAGGUGAAGGCCCACGUUGAGAACAUGCUUGGUCGUUUUAAGAACUCCCGCUACAAGCCUCGCCCGAGGCUGCUCACGGCUAGGUCCAUCACAUCGCUACGGGAGACCGCCGAGGUUCACCCGUAUCUGGUAGUGAGCCCUGCGGAUCUGGUCACCCUUGUUAAUGCUCUCUUCCCUGAGAAGAGGCCAAUGUCGUCAGCCUCGAUCCGCUCAGGUGCUCCUUCCAUUUCCGGCAUCUCAACAAUCUCCCAGCCCAUGUCCAUGGCCACAUCGAGGAGCAACAACAAUUUCGAGACUGCUUCUAUCAUCAGCACAAGUGUGUCAUCCGUCCUGAGUGAUGCAAGCACAGCCGCGGAGACAACGAUCGAGCCGCAAGCGACUGGGACGUCUGCAAGAUCCUCGCCUCCACUCGGUGCUCGUCCAAGCCAAGAGUACAUGAGUAACUAUGAGGAUGAUGGCUACCGACUCCGGCUUGCCCUGCACGAGAUGACCCAGAUUCUUGGGGUUGACACUUGCUGCGGCUCAUGUCACCCAUGUGCUGAGCGAUGGGCGGUGCUCUUCAUUUCCUCCGAUGGGAAAUCCCUCUCCACACAGAUGACCUACGACCCCGAUGAUGAGCCCGAAGAGGAGAACUCUUCGUCUCUCAGCGAGACUGACGAGGACGACCUCGACGACGAUCGGCCGGAGCUCGACAAGGACUAUCACCAGCUUCGUGACUCGAUCCUUAAGCUUGUUGAGGACUUCGAGAUUCCACCGACUUCGGAGCAGGGGACUGGGAAAUUCAGCAACAGGACGUCGACACUGAAGAAGUACCGCUCCAAGAACAAGAUCAUCACAACGGAGAAAGCAAGACCUGGAAGCCCGAGCCGGAAUCCAUACCGCCGAAUAGUAACGGGCCGGGACAGUCCUGUUAGGACCGGCUCACCUCUCGUCGCGGGUGACAAAGGGAAAGAGGUGGAAGGCAGAGGCCAGGAGCCGUCUGAGCCGACGCCAGUCCUUGUGGCCAUGCUCCAAGCUGCCGCAUCCCAGGCGCGGGCGCAGUCAGACUUUGUGGGCGCGCUCUCCUAUUUCAGGACACUACAACAGCUCAAUGCUCUGUCGUCAUCAUCCCUUCGUGCGGAUGGCUUUGCAACAUUGCUGAACAUCUUCAGCCGAGGGCCUCGAGAUUCUAUCCGCCGCUCUGCGUCUGCCAUUGAGGAGUACGAUGCGUGGCUUGUGUGGCUAAAGCAGUCUCAAGAACGUGCUGAGGGUCUUAUUGAAUCUAUGAUGAGGCGUCUACGAGCUCUGCGCGACAAGAUGUGGUAUGUUACUGAUGUUCAAAACUCAGCACCAUAUGUGCAUUCUCGGAACAUCGCUGUCGCGCUCAAGUCGAUGGGCACGCGUCACAGGCGCAACAGCUACAGUCGAAGCCGGAGCAUUCCUCGUGGUACUGCGACGGCGUUUCUCUACCGCAACGAGUCUCAAAUUAUCGACCUCCUUGCAGCGACUGAAGCCCAAGGUGGCCCAAACAAGCUGUCCGAUGACCAGGCCGAAAAGACAUCACGGUUCCUGGAGGAAUAUGGAAUCGAGAAUUUCUGCCGUGGCGAGGAGCGCAUUCAUCGAUUCUGCUGUGAGGUCAAAGCAUGCAUUGGCAAGCUCGUCGGUGAUAACAUCAUGGACGGGCCGGUGCUUUGGAGCAGUGAACUGUAUCUCCGGGACAAGAAAUUGCUAGAGGCCCCACCUGUGCGAAGAGAUCUUCCGCUAUCAUCUUUCCACAACGACGACGCCAGCAGCAUCAUGAGCGAAUCAGAAAGGCGAUUCACGCCAGCAUCGAGUAGGCCAGGGUCACUUGCAAGAGACUUGAGGGGGAUGGCAUCAGUGGCCAGUUUCGACUCGGCAAGAUACGGGUACUCGCGUGCCAGCACGGCAAUGAGCGACAUCAUGGACUCGGGUGAUUACUUUGGGCAUGCCUCGCCCGUCCACACCAUUGACAGCGCGUCGACGUACUGGUCCCCAUUCCAGUCCAUCACAUCAGCAAGCUCGACGACUUCCCGUGCUCACAGUCCCACCACGAGCAUUACCAAUUUCAGCGGCUCCGUGUUCGGACCCCAUCCUCACGCGAAUCCCGGCAUUGCCCGUCCAGGCACAUCGGUGUCUAAUAGCGAUACGAUCCAACAGCAGCGGCUGAAUGAUGACAAGACGAGGUUCCUCACCGACCUCCGGCAGACUUUGACGAGCUUGUUGCUCAGCGACUUGGGGAACCUGGUCUUCUCUUCAGGGUCCGAAACAGACGGCUGGUUUGGGGAUCUCGGACAGGAUUGCAUCGACCGGCGCGAUGCUAACGAGCGAAAGGCCAAGAAGAGGCGGUCCAGGCUCCGGGUGAUUGCACGAAAGGAAAGCUUUGGCAAUCUGCGAGACGCCAACAACGCCGCAGAUACUGCGGCCCUGAACCAAAGCACGUCUGAGUCGCAGUCUGCGAGCGGUGCUCAACCAAACCGUGAUAAUGAAAGCUCCGCCACCAGCGAUACGUUGUCGAGCAAGAAAGCCUCGAAGUCCAGCCGGGAAAACCUGGCCGAAUUCCCGUUCACUGGAGCAUACCAGCGCUUAUUGAGGAUGUUCUGUGUCCAUCCUAACCCUUAUGCCAAGCUCAACGCCCUUUUCGAGCUAGAGCAUCUUAUUGUUGCAUCCCUGACCUCUGGCAGUCCUCGUCGCAGGCUAGCAUGGCUGCGUUCAGCAGAGCUCGAGGCAGAGAAAUACAACCAAGGAGGCCAUUGCCGGCCGUUUGAGGAUGCCAUUGACAACCUCCGUGAGCGUAGGUCUUUGACACUCCAGGCGCCCAGUCUCGGCAGCAAUCGCAUGCCAGGCGGCAAUCUCAACUCAGAAACCCGAUCUGUCGUCAACACAUCCUCAACGGCAUCCAACACAGAUGCCAUCGCCACGGUGCUGCAGUCACUAUUUCGCAAUGCAGAAAUUCGCCCGGCGACGCUUUUCCGUGACCUCCAGUUCAUCGCCACCUUCGUGCCUGCCAGCAUCCUGGACAAGACUGACCGUGGCAAGGCUUUUUGGGACUGCGCGAUUGCGGCUCUGGGCCUCAAGCAGGAGGUCUGCAGGACCAUGGUCGAGAUGGCGGAUGAGCUUGUGGGCGUGUACACCCAGAACAGAAGGGGCCAGCCGCCAGCACCGGAGAGCACGGCUAGCUCGUCGAUCAACGGCGAGGACGAAGCUCGCGCACAGAGGCCUUCGCCGAGCGCUGAGCAGCAGGCCUCCCGCACGGCCUCAACCAGCCCGCCCACGCCGCCGCCGCCCAGCACCACGUAUCGCCUUGAGGACGCGGCCCGCAUGUGGACCAUUACCGCCAAGGAGGGCGACCCGACGAGCCAGAGGGAGCUCGCGCUCUUCUACCUGUCCAACCCGGAGCUGGUUGACCGGACUACGCUGCCGCUGUCGAAGCCUCGCGAGGUCUUCAAGCCUGCCGUCAUGGAAAAGUACGGCGGGGCCAACGGGGCGCGUAUCGGGGCCGGGCAGCCUCAUCGGCCGGGAACUGCAGGCCAUGGCGCGGGUAUGGACGGAGGCAGGCGAGACGUCAGGAGUGACGGUGCGCUGAUGUGUGUUGCCAUCCACUGGAUGGAAGCCGCCGAGCAGGGCGGGGACGAACUUGCGAGGACCUUCCUCGGGCAGAAUGACCUGGGUCUGUAA